AUGGAGAGAGACAAGAUACUCGUGGCAUUUACCCUCACCUACGACAAGGUCAGACCACAGCUUAAUGUGCUGCUGGACGACGUUUCCAACCGGUGGGAGGGAGCCACGGAUUCAACACUUCCCAACGAACUUCAAGACACGAUAUGCCGUGUCGUGGAAAAAGAGGCGGCGAGGAACAGUCUGUCGGUUCCAGAAAUGAGAAGCUUCGUGGACCAACUGAAACGUGCUUUUCAAGACAUGCUUAGGAUGCAGAAGGAGAAGAACCCUCACCGACCUGUUCAGUACGAAUCUGUGAUCAGGCGCAUGAAGACGGAGAAACCGGGCAGGACGAAGGGCAGUUGA